CGAAUUUAGGACCUUGCGGUGGCUCCGCUAUAACAGCCCCCCUAUGGCCGCACCUCACCCCUUGCGGCCACCCUCGUGCUGCACGGCUCAUUGUUCUGAAGCAGAGAGCUAGACAAGGGAUGGAGAAAACACCGGGUGGGACCUGAGCAUCCGACAAACCAGGCGCUCAUUUAUUCACCGCACCCAGACCAAUUGUCGAUAGAUUUUUUUUUCUUUCUGGAAAAAUAUAGACUAGUUGAUCUUUGGAAGUUGUUUCUUUUCACAGACAAAAUUGGGAACUGAAGAUAAAUUCCUCGAAAAAUCUAUGGAAUUAUUAGUCUUAGUUUCUCGUUUCUUUUGUCAUUUUUGAGCUGCCUGGUCGCUAAUCUUUUGUCAACCAUUAAUUCGCCUAUUUAUCGUGAGUGACAGUGGAAGAUGGUUUCCCGGUUAUAUGCUCAGAAGUACCCCCUGGUGUUGCUCUGCACGCUGGCUGCCCUGUCAUGGACUUGGGGCCCGGUAACAGCGGGUAGGAGUUGCUCGGAGACACGGCAUGUGUACGCAGAGAAGGGCUACAGUACGAACACUGCCCCGCUGACUCAAAUCUCCGGCGAGCAUCUGCGUCUGUGUCCCCAGGACUACACCUGCUGCUCCAGUCAGAUGGAGGAAACGCUGGCCCACCAGAGUGAGACGGACUUCCUGUCGGCCAUCGACGACACCAGCCAGUUCCUUCACACCACUUUCACACAGAGGCACCGCAAGUUUGACGAGUUCUUCAGGGAGCUCAUAGACUUGUCUGAAAAGUCCAUGAAUCAGAUGUUUACUAAGACCUACGGGCGCCUCUUCACCCAGAACGCCAAUGUCUUCCAGGAGCUGUUUGUGGAGCUCCGUCGAUACUACUCAGGGGGCAGUGUGAGCCUGACGGAGGUGCUGUCAGAGUUCUGGUCCAGACUGGUAGAGCGGGUCUUCUCUCUGGUCAACCCCCAGUACCAGUUCAGUGACGAGUACCUGGAGUGUGUCAACAAACAUGCAGAGCAGCUGCAGCCCUUUGGGGACCUGCCCCGGAAACUAGGCUUACAGGUGUCCAGGGCAUUCAUUGCAGCCAGAGCUCUGGUUCAAGGCUUGGCCACAGGCCGUGACAUCGUCAACAAGGCAGCAAAGUUGAGUGCUGGUGCAGGGUGUGUGCGUGCCCUGAUGCGUCAGUGGUACUGCCCAUUGUGUCGAGGCAUGCCCUCCCUGCGCCCCUGCCACACCCUCUGCCUCAACGUGAUGAAGGGCUGCCUGGCCAAUACAGCCGAUCUGGACACUGAGUGGAACAAUUUCAUUGAUGCUCUGUAUCAAGUAUCUGAGAAGCUGGAGGGGCCCUUUAACAUGGAGCUGGCUGCAGACUCCAUCUCUGUUAAAGUGUCCGAGGCCAUCAUGCACAUGCAGGAGAACAGCAUCGCCACCUCCACUAAGGUGUUCCAGGGCUGUGGGAGUCCCAGACUGACCCCGGGCCGUUCUCGGCGCUCCCCCAAGGAGUCAGGGGGCAACAGGAGACCCUUCCGUACGUUCAGCCCUGAGGAGAAGCCCACCACUGCUACAGGCACCAACCUGGACCGACUGGUGUCAGAGCUGAAGGAGCGACUGCGGCCCAUGCGGGGCUUCUGGGUGUCCCUCCCACACACCAUCUGCAACGACAAGAACAUGGCCGCCGACGUCACCAACGAGGACCGCUGCUGGAAUGGACAGACCAGGGGGAGGUACCUCCCUGAUGUGACAGGCGAUGGGCUGAUGAGUCAGAUCAAUAACCCAGAGGUAGAGGUGGACAUGGCCAGGCCAGACGUGAGGACCAGACAGCUCAUCAUGGAGCUCAGAGUAGCCACCAACAGACUGAAACAUGCACAGGCUGGACAGGACACUGACUUCAUGGACAGUGAGGUCGAAGAGGGCAGUGGAUCAGGCGGCGGAGGGGAGAGGUACAGUGAUGAUUGGCCUGGCUACAGGCCCUACUCCCCUCCCUACAGUAAGCCCCCACUUAACCCCCAGACACCCAUCAAGCCCCCUCGGGUCAGAGACCGAACCGGAUCAAAGUGGAACAGGAGCAAGGGACAGUCCAUCUCAGCUGUCAGCCGGCCAGCCUUCUUCUCACUGGCGGUUUUGUUUUGGUUAUCAGUUAUGGUCACUGUCGCCCCCUUUUGGAGAUAACCAGUUACUACGGCCUGAAGCUCAGGGUUGUGUUCAUUAUGGCAGCUAAUGAAAAAAACCUUUUGAAACACAAAAUGAAAAUAAGCAUUUCUUAAUGGAUAAAUCCAGGCAAUCACACCUUGUUUCAGGCAAUUUCUUCUGUUUGGUGCAUAUUGAAUACGGCCCAGCUGAGGUUGGGUUGAGGAGGGAUGUAGUGUGCCUAUUUAAUCAUCAGCACAAUGACAGUAAAUACGUUUGCUUAUUCUAGAGGAGAAAGAGAGGAGUUGAAUCUAAAAUGUGCAUGAAUCCAGCACAAAUUAAUCUCCUUGUGGAAAAUGUAUUCAAGCACAAGAGAAAUUACAUUUCCUAUGAUUGGCUAUCCCAAUGGUUCCCAAACUGGGGUGCAAGUUGCAGAUCAACUAACCCAGGGCUGCCCAACCCUCUUCCUGGAGAUCUAUUGUCCUGUAGGUUUCCAGUCCAACCCUAAUUUUGCGUAUCUGAUUAAGCUAGUUAAGGUCUUGUUGAGCAGCUAGGGUAGAUCUGAACUAACCCAUGUCAGCUAAUGUUUUUUUUUUGCCCAUUGAAUUUGUCGUUAUGUUUGAGUCCCUCAGGUAUUACAUGAACAAAAUGUGUAGAAUUGCAGGUAAUUAGCUUUAAAACUCCAACAUUUUCUCUCCAACCUGUGGAACAAUGUGUAGAAUAACAGGAAAUGAGCUUUAAAAUAGCAAAAAUGUUCUUUGCCAACUAGAGGGGUGUGAACAGUUUGUGUCAUGGACAGUGCUUGUGCCCAUAGAAAUAUACACAAGCAAUGUCCACUCAGCAAUUAAAUUACAAAUAAAUGUUAAAGCCUCCACAUACUUUAGUCAGAUGAGGAAGGUAUAAAUUGUAGUGAAAGAAAAGAUAAACGGUAAGGUCAGGGUCUUAUUAGGAAUGUGCUUAGAGCAUGCCACCAUUCUGUGGAGCCUGCCCUGAAGUGAUUUCUAAUUUAUUCAGUUUAUUUGUAUUUUUGUAUUUAUUGAUAUAAGUGUUGUUUUAUGUUGAUGCAGGAAUUGAUUGGAAGUGUUAGGGGCAGUAUUUCCCCCAAUCCUGGAGGUCCCCUAUGUCUGCUGGUUUCUAUGGAAUGUGCAUCUCAGAUGACAACCUCCUUGUAAACAUUGGCAUGUUGUGAAGAUAAUGUCCAUUUCAUUGUUCAUCAAUUGCCACUUCAUUGUGGAAUCGGUUGCUUAUCACAAGCUUAGGUCUCCUUCAAAACAGACAAACUGAUGUGUAAAUCACACUAAAAGCAAGUCAAUGUUUUAUUUUAUUUUAUGGGAGCAAUGCAUUAAGGAGAAGAUUAUGUUGCACUGUCUGUCAGAAAGCUUACAAUAACAUGUCCUUGAAACAAUUGAAAAAGUAGAAUAGCAUUUUUACUGAAUCAUUUCUCCUCACCACACCGCUGGACAAGCAUUUCAUGCGUCUGUGUUUGAAGGUGGGAUAUUAACCAGGGAUAUUAACCAGGGAUAUUUGAGAACCACUGGACUAGCCUUUGUCCAAAUUUUCCCUUGAUCUUCUGUGGAGAGAUCUGAGACUCAUGAUCAGUUGGAACAGCGUGUGUGUGUGGUUUUGUAUGGUUUGAGUAAGGUUUAGGUUAAAAAUAUUUUUUUUUUAGGGAAUGGGGUGUUGACAGAUGUUACAAAAUGGUGCUCUUAGUCUUUAAACUUUUGUAUGAACUUUUCUAAAAAUCAACAAAAUCCCAAUGGCCGCUUGGUUGAAUGAGCUCUGAGUGUUAAAAGAAAUGUGUGAUUGAUAAGUGUAUAAUGGAGGUCUGGUGAGUGUCUUAACCCUAAAGAAAAGCCACGUUAAAUGUACCUCAGACAAUUCUUUCCUAAAUGUCUCAUUUACUAACACAACAGCGAGGAUUGAGAGAAAGUGAAUGUUUCACUGGGAACAUCAAUAAAACUGAUUUGACACAAGACUGGUUAAAGAUGUGAAAGAGUAGCCAACGACGUUCGUCUCCACCAAGCAUAGAGCGAACAGCAAGUAUUAAAUCAGAACGUAAUAGAAAAAGCUCUACAAAGUAGAGACAGAUCUACUUGAUUCAAGAGAUGAGAGGUUGAAAAGGAAAUGAAAGUGUGUAAGAAGAGAAGUGUAAUAGAAAAGUAAAGAUGGUUAAUAGAAUAACAAUGUGUAGGGAACAUUCAAGCACACUUUUCUUUUUUUUCUUGUUUUAAUGACAAAUUGCAGGAUCCCUUGUUUGAUGGGAUUGUAUGUUUCCUAAGGUUCUUAACCUUGUAUGUUAGGGUAGUAAAUCUGUGUGGGAGUGGUUAUGUACGCCAGGUCUAAAUAUGGAUUUUGACUCUUUAUUAAUGAAGCAUUAUUAAAAUAAACAAUGAUAGAUGCUUUUGACUAUCAAAGUGCACAAUUCAAAUUAAUGAGUGGUCACUGGAUGGUGAUUUGUUUUUAUUCAAAAAACAUUUGGUUUCUAGUCCGUUAUUGGAACCACUAUGACCUCAUAUCAACACUCCCAUAUAAGAUACCACAUUCCAUUACUGUAAAAGGAUAGUCAGUACAACUUUAAGAUGUAACAAUUUUGGGAAAUAGACUACUCCAUUUCAUUAAACUGUCAAGAAAA